UGCGGCUCCCUCCAUCUCUGCAAAUGGGACUCUUCGGGGACCUCAGAGGAGUCCAACCGGCCACUAUUUUUGUUUUUUUCUGAGCGCCUUAGCUUGUUGAUGGCAGCAGUGUUUUCCACGGUGCUCGGAGGGUGCGGCUGGGGAUCUUGAGGGCACGCACCCAGAGUUGAUGCAGAAUGGAAAUCAGCGCCCCAGGGUUCUCUCUCUGUCUCUCUGUGUCUCUCCGUCUCUGUCUCCCUCCGUCUCUGUCUCUCUCUUCCGUCCUGAGCAACGCUAAGGGCGUUUUACAUGGAUGGCGGGAGCGGCAGGCGUGUUUGGGGGCACCGUUCAGGGAAUGAAAUGGGACAGAAAAACGGCUGCACCCCCAGACGCUCUCCCCGCAGGCGGCAGGAGAGAAAGAAAAACCCAUUUGGCAUCAGAAAUCGAGGCAUCUCUCUCUGUCGUGGAAUACAACUCAACCCUGAAAAAGGGCGCCCCCGGGGGCUGAGGUGGGAGCCCGGACCUGCCUCCCCGGGUCACUGAGCCUCAGCCGCGGGAUCCCCGGCCUCAUGCUUCUCUGUCGAGCCGGGGCCUCCGUCUCCGCGGCUGAGUCACCAGGGCUGGGGAAGUGCCAGCCACAAGGCCACUUGUACUUUCUGGGUGCGGCUUUCGGGCCGCGGCGGCUUGACAUUUCUCCCAAGGUCUGAAGGGGGACUCGGUCGUGGCCCAGGGCCCAGCCGUGAACCCCCUGGAAUUCCAGAUCCCCGGGGCGGGCGGGGGUGGCCUUCAGGUCCGGGGCGCACCAGGUUCCCCAGCUGCCCGUCUUGGGUGGACAGACCCCCUUCUCCAGGGCCCUCGGGUGGCGGGUCCUGUGCGCCUCACGCCUCGCUCAGCUGCCCUGACAGCUCAACCCCGAUAACUAGUAACGAAACAGACUCAGGAUAAGUCGACGCGGUAACAGAAUUACUCUGAAAACCAAUUUUUUCUUUGACUUUUAGAAUUUUCACUUCAUUUUUUUUUUUUUUGACUCCCGUGGAUGGGUGUGAGUGAAACCUCAGAAAGACAAGCUGCAGACCUGGGGGGUGGGGGGACAACCAGAAGGACUAACUUUGUAAAAAAAAAAAAAAAAAAAAAUCUUGGCUGCGCCUGCGUCCUCAUAGGACAAGAAGGCUGCCAUUGCUCCGUGUAUUCCGAACUCUUUUGAACCUGGGCUCGGAAUGUGCUUUAGUGGCCUCUUUCUGUCCCUUCCCAGGAGAAGGGCUGCAGCUUCACAUCACCUGCUUCAACUUCGAAACGGUGCAGGUCACUUGGAACGCGACUGGACACCCGGGGACGAACCUGACCUUCUUCUACACGUUCACGCGGGGCGCGGGUCACCGCCCCUGCACCAACUACACGCUUUGGCGAGGCCACACGUCCGGGUGCCUGCUGGCCGCGCGCGACGACAUCCUCUACUUCUCCGUCAGAAACGGGAGCCGCCUCCUCGUCUCCAGGAGCCAGUGGCUGAGCGACUACUUGAAGCCCGGCUCCCCCAAGGACGUCCACUUCCGGUGGCUGCAGGAGGACGUCCUGGUGACCUGCUCCGACCUGCCCUACGGGGGCCUCCUCUACGAGGUCCAGUACAGGAGCCGCUUCGACGCCGAGUGGGAGUCCAGGGAAGCGACGACGUGCAACGUGACCGUCGGAGGGUUGGACACCCAGAAGUGCUACAGCUUCCGGACCCGGGUGAAAACCACCGAGGACCAGUACGGCCCCCACGCCACCCCCAGCGACUGGUCCCAGACUCCUGCGAGGAGGAGCCCGGUCCUCGCCGCACGCGGUUCCCCAAGUUCAUCCUCAUCUCCAGCUCGGUCACCCUCCUGACCCUGUGUCUCCUGCUGCUGUCCUUAUGGAGACUGCAGAGAGUGAAGAAGCUGCUCGUGCCCAGCGUCCCGGACCCGAAGGGCAAGUUCCCCGGCCUCUUCGAGCAGCACCAAGGGAACUUCCAGGCGUGGAUCACAGACACCCAGAACGUGGUCCCGCUGGCCAAGGCCGGAGGCCUGGAGCCGGAGACCCCCCCGGAGGAGGCCCUGGUCAUCCACCUGCUCAAGACGGAGCCCGAGGCGCCUGCCAGCCCAGGACCCGCGUGUCUGCAGACGGGGGAGGAAGAGGCCCCGGGGGGGUCCCCCCAGCUCCCUCCCCAGGCCCCCCAAGGUGGAGACAGGGUGUUUCUGGGAGACUUCGCCUUUGUGAUGAGUGACAACUCCUACAUGAUGCUGUGAGGUGGCCCCUCCAAGGCCACGAUCGGGAUCCACGCUGAUGUCCAAGGACACGAGAAAUAUCAGGACUUCACCGGAGCCCCCUGGGCCACGGGGGGCUCCAAUCUGGGGUCCUUGAGGACCACCACUCACGACGACCGAAGGGAGGGCAUAUCCAGGGUGCCCUAAUAUCCACUCCCCCCGUGUACCCCCCCAAAUCCUCCCCUUUCAACUUUCCCCUCCACACAUUGUGCCUUAGACCUUUUCUCAUGCAACCCGGGCAGGGAGACGAAUCCCAUUUUUAAAAAGGCAACAGGCCACCCGCGCGUUAGGGGUGCAGCCUGGGAUCCCCUAUUUGAUGACUGACCUCCUCCCCAGGGGCCAGGUCUGGGCCACAUUGGCGACCUGCGUUGGGGGAAAUGCAUAUUAAUUGCUUUAAUUAAUUAAAUGCAUAUGAAUCGCUUC